AUGCACCUACCCCCUACUACCCCAGUACCCGUAACCGUCGCAAAUUUCGAUUUUAGUGGGCGACCGCGACAGCAAGCAUCAACACUCGACACUAUCAUAUACUGGUUGCGCAAAUUCUCUAGUGGGCAUCCUGUAAGAGCUGGAGAAAUUCCAGAGCGAAAGCUUUCGCUGCCAGCCUCCUCGAAACGAUCCCAAAAAACCCCCGGAAACCGCGAUUUCAGUACCCCGACUAAACUGAAAACGGUCGGCGGCGACGACGAGUUAGCAAACCGUCUGCUCCCAACGGAAGCAGAGCUCGAGGCCAUGAUCACAAAACAAAGUUUAGGAGACGUUGGUGCUAGCCGACGGGAACGUGGAGAGAAGGUUUCGGACGGUCGUGUCGGAAAAGGGGGGUGGACGUACCAGACUCAACUAUACCCAUCGACUCUCCCUCCUUAUCUUCUGUCAGGCCGUUGUAUCGACAGCAACUAUUUCGUUUCCGAAGUGUAUCCGAUCAUAAAGUCCUCGCCGAGGGUAAUCGCUGGUGGUAGGAUCGAUACGGUGGGCUUGUCGGAAGCAUGGGGCCAUCUCGGCAUCGACAAGCAGGCGGGUAUGGUCCUCCUACCAGUCGAUCUGGCGAGGGCCACCAAGGUUAUUGUGAUUGCCCAUUUAUUGAGAAUCGAAGCUGCCGUCUUCGAGCACCAAUGGACACCACCAACAGCAAAACCGACCGCGAAGACGUCUUCUCGCGCCCACUCGGCGAGAACGAGACCUACAAACAGCUCGUGGGCGACCCCACGCACCUCCUCUAACACCGCCCUCGUGUCCUGGGCCUCCCAGACCUUCGGUAUCGCCACCUCGGUGAUCCCGACGGUCCGCCCUAUACCCUACGCGCAGCUCGUGUACGUCCGCGGUCCGGCGAGCUGCUGGCGCUAG